CCGUCGGCGGGAGAGGAGCGGCCCGUGCACAUCACCGCUGCACGUGCUCUGUGCACUCUGUGACCCGCCGCCCGUGCACAGCACCACACCCGGCCGAGAUGACGCGGCUCUGGACUCUGCUGGCCCUGCAGCUCAGCCUCAGCGCCGCCUGCUUCAUCACCAACUGCCCACAAGGCGGCAAGCGGUCGGCGCCGGCGCUGGCCGGCCUGCGAAUGGAGACGGGCGCCGUGCCCUACCUGCCCCUGGGAGCGCCGCCGGUGCGCAAACUGGACCCGCUGGAGAGCGGGCCCGAUCAGCAGACGGAGAAGCGGUUUUUGCUGGCACUCCAGCCGCGCUACCAGCGGCCGCCUUCCGAGAGGGACCGCGGGGCACGCGGCACGUGCUACAUCGAGGGCGUCUGCAGCUACCCAGACUGCUGCGGCUUCGAGGAAUGCGCCGACGCCACAGAGUGUCGGGUGCUGCGCCGCGGCUACCGCAUACUGGUCAAAUACAUCUUCUCCAAGCUGGAGGGAGGUGCCGGGCCCCCGGAGCUGGACGGCGCCGUCGUCGCCUGAGCUGGCCCCCUGGGCGACCUGAGCUGACUCGGCUCUGAGAUCAGCCCCGGCAGCCAGGCGUCACUCGCAGCCGCAGGAACACAGGGAGGGAUACAUGGCAGGGGCGGCAGGGCACGGCCCGGUCACCGGGCGCGACCCCCGGUCAGACCGGUGUGACCUCAGGUCAGGCUGAUUUGACCUCUGAUCAGACCGAUUUGACCUCAGGUCAGAGUAGUGUGACCUCAGGUCAGGCUGAUUUGACCUCCGGUCAGACCGGUGUGACCUCUGGUCAGAGUAGUGUGACCUCAGGUCAGGCCGCUUUGACCUCCGGUCAGACCGGUGUGACUUCACGUCAGGCCGAUUUGACCUCAGGUCAGGCCGAUUUGGCCUCAGGUCAGAGGGACCUCAGGGGCCGGCAUGCGUGACCUCAGGCUCGGCGUCGUGACAUCGUGGGCUAGCCGCUGGGCAGUACAUAUCAGAAGAGUCCCCGAAAGGCCUCGGUCUGAGUCAUGAUGACGCGUUCACUGGGCGCCUAUGUGUGCAUCGGCUUGUGCAAGUGUGCAUGCUAUGAUAUUGUGUUGAGUCUGAAUUUCUCCGCAGCAAAGACAUAUCAUCUGCCAGUACCCUUGACCGUUUUCUUGCAACGUCUUUGUCCUGCUGUGUCUCAUGCUGUCUGUUUUAACUGAAGGUGGCGUUUUCUCUCUGUUUGAGAGCGAUCCUAAGGAUAAUGCGCAGGACUCGUGAAUGCCAGUAUUCCCAAAAUAAACCCAUCUCGAUGUCCGG